UCUUGUUUUCGUUUUCUUCAUACGUAUUAAUUCGAACACUAUCAUGUCUCUUAUCACCCGUACUGCUGCUAAACUCAUUAAAUCCAACGUCCCUGGGGUCGCUGUAUUGGCACCCGUCACCACAACUGAAGCAGAAAUCCUUUCUCCUCAAGCUUUGACAUUCGUUGCAACCCUCCAACGUAUUUUCAACCCCACCCGUAAAACCUUAUUACAAAAGCGUGUUCUUCGCCAACAAGCACUCGACCGCGGUGUUCUUCCUGAUUUCUUGCCAGAAACCGCCUAUAUUCGUAACGACCCCACCUGGCGUGCAGCCCCACCUGCUCCCGGUCUUCGAGACCGUCGUGUAGAAAUCACUGGUCCUGUUGACCGUAAGAUGGUCAUCAAUGCCUUGAACUCAGGUGCAAAGACUUUUAUGGCCGAUUUUGAAGAUUCCAACUCUCCUACUUGGGAUAGUAUUAUUAGCGGUCAAGUGAAUAUGCGUGAUGCUGUUCGUGAAACUAUUGAAUUCACCAACCCUAACGGCAAGAAGUAUGCUCUUAGAAAGGAUGGCAAGAUUGCUACCCUUCUUGUUAGACCUAGAGGCUGGCACAUGGUUGAGAAGCAUGUCCUUGUGGAUGGUGAACCUUGCUCUGCUUCUAUCUUUGACUUUGGUCUCUACUUCUUCCACAACGCUAAGGAACUUAUCAAGCGCGGUAAGGGUCCUUACUUCUACUUGCCCAAGAUGGAAUCUCACUUAGAAGCUAGACUUUGGAACGAUAUCUUCAAUGUCGCUCAAGAUAUGCUCAACAUUCCUCGUGGUACUAUUCGUGGUACUGUCUUGAUUGAAACCCUUCUUGCUGCCUAUGAAAUGGAUGAAAUCAUCUAUGAGCUCCGUGAUCACUCCUCCGGUUUGAACUGUGGUCGUUGGGAUUACAUCUUCUCUUUCAUCAAGAAGUUGCGUAACCAUCCUCAGUUUGUCUUACCUCAACGCUCUCAAGUCACCAUGACAGUGCCCUUCAUGGAUGCUUAUGUUCGUUUGUUGAUUCAAACUUGUCACAAGCGUGGUGUCCAUGCCAUGGGUGGUAUGGCCGCUCAAAUCCCCAUCAAGAACAAUCCUGAAGCCAACAAUGCUGCUAUGACCAAGGUUCGCAACGACAAGCUUCGUGAAGUCACCGCUGGUCACGACGGUACUUGGGUUGCCCAUCCUGAUCUCGUCAAGAUCGCCUACGAAAUUUUCGACGAACAUAUGCCUCAACCUAAUCAAAUUCACGUCCGUCGUGACGACGUCAAGGUCACUGCCACCGACUUGAUCGAUAUCAACUUCAAGGGUACCAUUACUGAAGAAUCUAUUCGUGAAAAUAUCCAAAUUGGUUUGGCUUAUAUGGAAGCUUGGUUAAGAGGUGUCGGCUGUGUUCCUAUCUUCAACUUGAUGGAAGAUUUGGCUACUUAUGAAAUUUCCAGAUCUCAACUCUACCAAUGGGUUAGACACAACGUUCGCACAGAUAAGGGCAAGGUGAUUACUGGCGACUAUGUUGCUCAAAUCUUAGAAGAAGAAACAGACAAGAUCCGUAAGCAAUUGGGUGAUAAAUAUGCCAAUUCUAAAUACGAAGCUGCCAAGAAGGCCUUUGCUACAAACUGUACUGGUCAACGCUAUGACGAUUUCCUUCCUGACUUGCUUUAUGAUGACAUCGUUACUGUCUCCUCUCAAGCCAAGUUGUAAAGAAAAACGACAACGAAAACACAUCUUACAAAAUAUACACAAACACAAACACCCCCCCCCCACAAGAUACACACUACUCUCUCAUUCUCUUACCACCAUUUUUUUUUUUCCCAUUUCAUUCUUAAUACUCUAAUUCUUUUCUUUUUCUUGCUUUUUGUAAAUUAUGAAAUCAUUAAUGUAAAUCAACGAAACUUGCAUAGCUAAUGUUUGUAACAAAAGAUAUAAAAAUUGGAAACAUUAUUGAAAGUUGUUCCAAAUAAAAAGAAGUUUACCCCC